UAGAUGAAGUGUGAGAGGGAGAAAAGGCUCUGAGCUGCAGGUGUGGGAGCAAAUCUGUGGCUUCAUUUCUCUUCCUAUCCCACAAGGAGGUGGGAUUUAACAAUCAAACUGUUAAAUAAGAAUAAGACGAUCUGACAGAAGGGGGAAAAAAAUGGGCAGAGAGCUGCAACUUGAACUGGCUUUUCCAGUGAAUUUAAAUGAGAUUUGUGUAACUUCUGCCGCCUGGGCACAACCUGCAAUUUCAGAGGAAAUAAAGAAGAAAGGGGCAGUAUAAUCAGCUGAAACACACAGAUCCCAUGCCGCUCAGAUCAUUCAUCCCGCCCACCGCAUACAAGCCUCCCAUUCUUGUAUUUUUUCCUCAUUCACUCCAGCGAGACGCCCGGGAGAAACACGCGCAUUCACUCCGUUUGGACGCCGAAAGCUGGACUUCUUUGGCAAAACUCUAGGAACAGGGUUUGAAAUACGCUUCUCCUGUUUUCUGUUCCUUCCCUUUGAAGCCUUUCUAAGGAUCAGACAGCCAGACGGAAAAGUUGUGACAGCUUUAGAGAGAAGAGAAAAAGAGAGAGAUUUGCCCUGGAGGCUUUGAAAGAAGAAACAGGAGCCAGAGUUUAAAAAAAAAAAAAAAAAAAAAAGGGCAGCGGUAAUCUGCACAGCUGCUGCGUGAAGGGAAGGAGAAACAGAGAGAUAAAGAAAGCAAACGAGGUGAACAAGUGCGAAGGACGACGAGAGGAGACAGACGAGGACAACCGAGGCUGAGGAGAAAGGGAUCACUGGAGUUGAAGGCCACCGCAGACGUAGAUACAAAGUGAAGACAAAACCCAGAGGGACACCUGUCGUCAAAUUCACAGCAAUGGAGGAGCCGCAGCCCAAGAAGAGGAACCGGGUCUGAGGAGAGACGAGCUGCGCUUGGCUGAAACUGGAGGAGAAGGGUUCUUCAUCAUGAUUUAUUCAGGUGCUUCUCCUAAUUCCAACAACCUGCACGGGAGGAGCAACUUUGUCCCCGGAUAGAAUGAGAAGAGGAGCCUAAUCGGUCGUAGCCUUCCUGUUCCUCCACCUUCCUGCACAUCAAGUUCACCGGCGUCCUCCCUCUCCCUCUCUCCAUCCAUCUCACUAUGUGGAUACCAGCUGUGCUCCUAUGGAUGCUUAACUUCAGCUAUUUGUGCUCGGGACAAGACUACAAGAACUAUUACCAAGCUGGAGACAUGGUCACAGAGGCUCCAACACAGUCAGACGACCAGUCCAGUUUAGAGGCGGUAACGAGCGUGGACCAGCUCCUGCAGCUCUUCUACCCUGAAUACAGCCUCAUCCAGCAGUGCAUGAGGAAAAAAUCAUGGCCCGCCUCAUCUUCCUCCUCCUCCUCCUUUCCUUCCUCGUCUUUUCCACCCUCUUCGGCGAGCCCUUCAGCCCGCUCCAACGACGAUGGCCUGUGGGUUCAGAUGCGAGAGGAGGGUCUGUACAGAAUGGACGGAACGCUAGCAGUCAUUCUGGAAGAGAUGCAGAGGACGUCGUGCCAGCCGAGGGAGGUGUGUGUGGAGGUGGCCAAAGAGUACCCAGAAUCCACCAGUCAGUUAUACCUCCCUCGCUGCGUGGCGCUGCAUCGCUGCGGCGGAUGCUGCGGUAACGAGGCUUUUUACUGCACCAACACGAGCUACGCCCUCGUCAACAAGACCCUGAUGGAGCUGUCUCCACCCAGGAUGGAUCGCACGGUCGCCAUGGUCACCUUCGUCAACCACACCUCGUGCGAAUGCCUCUCCAAGCGGCCGCUGCACUCCAUCAUCAGACGAGCGGCGACAGACCACCUGUGCUCCCCUCCCGAGCUCCCCUGCGCCGCCGGGUCGUUGUGGGAUCCGGUGAACUGCGUGUGCCUCUCUGCCGACACCAUCAGCUUCUCUCAGAGACAGACAGAGGCGCUGGACUCGGGUCUGCUGGCUCUCUGCGGGCCCAACAGGGUUCUGGAGGAGUCCACCUGCGAGUGCGUCUGUCAGAACGGACGGAGGGAGGCCAGCUGUGAGCCGGGCUGGAAACUGGAUCACAACACCUGUGAGUGCCAGUGCCAAGGCCAGGGCGGGGGGCGGCCGUGUCCUGCGGGGCAGCGGUGGGACGAUGACCUGUGCGGCUGCGUGUGCGACGUGGCGUGUCCCAGGAAUCAGCCCCUAAACCCCGACACGUGUCUGUGUCAGUGCAGAGAGAGCCCACAGACGUGUCUACGGCAAGGCAAGAGGUUCAACCCCAACACCUGCAGUUGUUACAGGCUCCCAUGCAGAAACCCCAGACGAGCUUGCCAGAAUGGCUUUUACUACAGCAGCCAGGUCUGUCAGUGCAUCCCCGAGUACAUGAAGUGGAAUUACCAAACAAGAAAGUGAGGAGGAGGAGGAGGAGCAGUGGCUUCUGGGAUUUCUUGACCUUAAGACCUGAAACCUCUCCGCCUGAGUGACUCCAUGCCGGAGAGCUGGAAGUGGAUCUACAUAUGGAGACAUAUGUUGCCUGAAUUCAAAUAAAAUAGAAAGGUUGAGCCUCGUGUAUCUGGUAAAGAGGAAAUAAGGACAGAUAUCUGAUUCUCGUGGGACUGUCCCGUAUGUGUGCCUUCUUUCCGUUUCUCACAAGCCGAUCCUGUCUGGAAAGCCCCAUGAGACUGCCUGUAAUGCACAGCAACAAGGUGGGAUGGACCAGGCCGGCUUAGGGCGGGCGUUCACCGCUCUGCAACGUGUCGUAGCAAGAAGAGUGCCAGCCAGCAACCUGCUGAGGAGCUGCAGCUCAUGCCUGUGUGAAAUGGAAUGUGAAUAAGAUAAUAACAGUCCACGCUUUUUCCAAAAUAAUAAAAAAAGAAUAAAAAUCUUCAAGCAAAUUUCCAUAUUGUCUUGAAGGAAAACAAAUAAAAAUCACAUAGUGGAUCUCCAAAGUGUACACCCUCCCUGUCAUGAUGCCAGCUUUUUCUGAUGUAAAACAAAUCAAAACACUAAAUAAUUUUCAAGAUGUGGGACGCAGAUGGACUCAAACCAAAGACUGAACGCUGAAACUGAAUGAAAAGCUGCGUAAUGUGUGCACACUUGGUUCAUCCUUUAUUUUAUUUACACUUUUCCCUUUUCAACAGAUUAUCUUGUUUGCAGCUGAAUCGCACAGGACGCAUACCCCAGUAAAGAGAUAAAACAGCUUUUUAAUGCUGUCAUCUUAACAGGGUGUCUGUACACUUUUAGGAUUUUAUUUUCCAUCUGUCAUUUGAUUCCUUACAUUCCUUUUUUUUUAAGAUGAAAUGAACCUAUUUUUUUUUUUUUUUUUUCCAACACGUCAUCAUUUUGUUGCAAGACAUUUCCAUCAGCCACGACCCGAUUCUGGGUGGGGACUGGUCUGGUUCUAAUUUAUCUGUUCCCCACGCUGGGUAAUUUUAUUUUUAUAUAUUUAAAGCUUUUUGUAUUUAAAAAAAAAGAAGAAAAAAAGAAAAAAAAAGUGAACUUUUGAAGAUGGAAUGUGAGCAGCUGUAAAUAACUAUUUAAAAAAGAAAAAUCACCAUAAUUGUUUUAAAGUGAAGCUAAAUCACAUUCUUUUACAUUUUUUUUUGUUUGUUUUUUUUUUAUUCUGAAGCGAAAAUUUAGAGUUGGACAUUUUUGGUGCCCAACGCCGGGGGGUGGUCGGACCGCAGCGUAGAUAAGAUUGUGGAUGAAAGGCAUUGUGGGUAAACUCCUCCUUCUGCCAUCCUCCACGACAAAUCAAAUCAAAAUGCAAAGUAAUACGCUGCAAUUCUGGACGGGACAAAACGCUGUGGAGUUCCACCCAAAAGCACAUAACCUUGUCUCAUUAUUAUCGCAGAAAUCAGCUGAAUCAAAGCAUUAGAAAACUGAAUCAGGACGCGACAGUUAUACAUUUUCUAUCUGGUUCUUUUUGUGCGCCCCCCGUUUGUAAUGCCGCCCUGGGAAACCGCCCAUAUCCCAAAGCGCCGCUGGUUGUAGCGCAUGUGCUGUAGGGAUUUAGAAGACUUCUUUCAUCAUUACUUAAGUAUUGAUUAAAGGCUCUGUCUGACUGACUUGUGUGACCCGAUUUGUCUCCUUUUCAUCCACAGACAUACAGGUUCAUUUGAAUUAAUGAAAAAAAAAGUUACUUUAUUUCAGUAAUUCACUUCCACAAAGUUAUAUUUCUGUACCGAAAGUCCUUUUCUAUUGGUUUUGUGUGAUAUUUUAAUACUCAAGAGAAUCUAACUUUUGGGUUUUCAACCUAUAAUAAGCUAAAUUAACAGAAAUAAACAACAAAUGUAUCACUGUGUGACAUGAAUCUA